UAUAAUUGAAACCAAUCAACAAAUAACUACUACUUUGCUUGUCCUUUGUAUAAUGGAUCAAGUCUUGGAAGAUAAUAUUUCGGAAAAUGAUGAAGAGGAAACAUUUUUUCAAAACGUUGAUAUUUUACAAAACCACGGAAUAAAUGUCGCGGAUAUUAAAAAAUUAAAAGCUGCAGGAAUAUGUACUAUUAAGGGAAUUCAAAUGACGACAAAGAAAAAAUUGAAUAAUAUAAAAGGAUUUUCGGAAACAAAAGUCGAUAAAAUUAAAGAAGCGUGUCAAAAAGUAGCAUCCCUUGGUUUUAUGACUGGCUUAGAAGUAAGCGAUCGUCGAAAACAAAUAUUUAAGAUUAGUACUGGAAGCAACGAACUGGAUAAACUAUUAGCAGGCGGCAUUGAAUCAAUGGCGAUUACAGAAGUAUUUGGGGAGUUCCGUACUGGAAAAACGCAACUGUCGCACACAUUGUGCGUUACCACUCAAAUACCGAACUCCACAGGAUACCAUGGCGGAAAGGUCAUGUUCCUCGAUACAGAACACACUUUUCGUCCCGAUAGAUUAAGACCAAUUGCAGAUCGAUUUAAUCUGGAUCAAAGUGCGGUGUUGGAUAAUGUAUUAUAUGCCAGAGCUUACACUUCUGAACAUCAGGCAGAGCUAUUGGAUUACGUCGCUGCGAAGUUUCACGAAGAGGCCGGCGUGUUCAAGCUUCUGAUUAUAGAUUCCAUAAUGGCGCUCUUCCGGGUCGACUUCUCUGGACGAGGAGAACUAGCCGACAGGCAACAGAAACUGGCUCAGGUUUUGUCACGGCUACAAAAGAUUUCAGAAGAAUACAAUGUCGCUGUAUUCAUAACAAACCAGAUGACAGCGGACCCAGGGGCGACUCUCUCUUUUCAAGCGGACCCAAAGAAACCUAUCGGUGGUAACAUCCUCGCCCAUGCCUCUACUACCAGGAUAUCCCUGAGAAAAGGCCGAGGCGAAAACCGUAUUGCCAAGAUCUAUGACUCCCCCGAUUUGCCUGAAAGUGAAGCCACUUUUGCUAUAACCAAUGGUGGUGUAUCAGACGCUAAAGAUUAAAGAUUA